CAAGUGUUGUGUACAAUGAAGUCUCAAUUAUUGAAACCUCAAAAGAUGACCACUCCGUGCAGUCCCAGCGAAACGACGGCGUCCAGUGAGACGACCUCCUCGUCCAGUGUCGACGAUCUACAGAUAUCGUACACCAUUGGUGUGACUGAAGGCACGCCAUAUCCGUGCAAUUUCUGUGAUAAAGCAUUCCCGAGACUAUCGUACCUCAAACGCCACGAACAGUACUAUAAGACAGAGCAUAUGCCUCACCUUAACUCUAUACUCAUGGGAUACUGUGACCCAUCUGUCCCCACCCGGUUUGUGCCCUUAGUUAUGCAUAGCUCGCACCCCAACCCCUCACCAAAUGCAUUGGCGAUGGGUUGGAGAGAAAAAGAUAUACAUUCAGACCAAAUGCCCUUUCGGUGCGAUUAUUGUCAGCGACUCUUCAAACAUAAGCGAAGUCGUGACCGACACGUCAAACUACAUACAGGUGAUAAGAGGUAUCGUUGCUGUCACUGCGAGUCAGCCUUUUCACGCAGCGAUCACUUGAAGAUUCACAUGAAAACUCACGACCAGAUGAAGCCCUUCCAGUGCGCCAUUUGUAACCGCGGGUAUAAUACCGCUGCAGCCCUAACCAGUCAUAUGCAAAACCACAAGAGAAAUAAUACCAUCGGCGGCGGCAAUAAUAACACCAAUACUUCUGCACACAAUAUCAAUAUCAAUGGCAACAAUGGAAUCGUUAACAAUAAUAGUGACAAUAAAAAUAUUAAAAACAUGUCUUUAAGUACAACAAACUCAUUGAGACACGAACUCCGCGGCGAAACUACCGGUCCUAAUAAGAUAUCACCGGAUCUGAUGAACAGAAGCGGUUCCCAAUUGAGUCCCAAUAAUAUCAAUGAAUCGCAUUCGGAGUCAACACAAACACAAUUGACGUGCGGUUUCUGUGGAGUCAAAUGUGCAUCACUUGAGACACAUAUCAGACAAACACAUUUACAUCACUUGCUAUUCGCGGGUCUCCUCCAGAACUCCUUCUGUCAGAGCGCAGCCAUUCCUAACUGGCAGUCACUGAUGCCUCCGCCGCCACCCAUUCCCGCUCUCACACCCGUCACAGACUUAAUGCAAUUACACUCCAGUCUUCCCAACGGUUCCACAUCUCCUCCAUCGCCCAAAAAGGCCAAAGUAAGCAAAUCACCGGUGAUUGUGGCGCCGACAACACCGACACCACCCCAACCCUCGCAACUGCCGCUUCUGUGCAAUCAAUGCUCUCCUUCGCCGGCUUUUCACGACUUUGAGUCGUUUCGCGUUCACCUCAAGUCCCAUCUCAUAGCCGCCCAACAGCAGCACCUGAACCACCCGUUGGCCGUCCAUUCGACUCAAUGUCCGCAUUGCGGCCAAACAAUCACAUCCGACUUCGAGACUCAUCUCUUGAACUGUCAUAUGGGAACCGUUACCACCAAUUAUGGCUGUGAGUGCUGUACAAAAAUGUUCAGCAAACCGGAUGAGCUUCAGAAACACUUAAUGGACAUUCACGCACACCAUCUCUACCAGUGCUCUCUGUGUCGUGAUAUGUUUGACAGCAAAGUCUCAAUACAAGUGCACUUCGCUGUCAAACACAGCAACGAAUGCAAAAUAUUUAAGUGUAAUAUUUGUGGCGAAUUCUGGAACAAUGAGCACGACUUCAAACUUCAUGUGAAAAUAGUUCACUUCCAGUCCAACCAUCACUUGUCUCCACCACAGCCACAACUCGCCGCUGCCUUUCCCCUCUUCGGCGCCAAAGCCUACUAUCGGUGCAAAUACUGUGCAGAAGAGUUCAACAUCGAGUACCUAUUGGAGCGACACAUAGAGAUAGAGCACUCGCAUCACCAAAAGUUGUCCUCCAAAGCCAAUUGCAUGGAUCGCAUGGAUCUGUCUCUCAGUGUUAACCAAAUGAGUGGAAAAAUGCAAAAACAGAUCAAAUGUGAGUUUUGUUCAAAAAAUUCAUUCAAAAGUAUUGUUGAAUUGGAAUCCCAUAUAAAAAGCGAACAUAAAUCUCAUAUUAAUAGUAUAAGUAAUACUAAUAUCAAUGGUUUGAUUAAUAAUACCAAUAAUGGUCUGAAUAGUAAUAGUAAUAAGUGUAGCAAUAAGUGUAAUAUUUGCGAUGAAUUGUUUCAAUCGAUGGGCCAAUUGGCGGAACAUAAGCUGAAAAAGCACUGUAUAUUCGGUGCCUCGCAAAGCCUGCAAUGCCUUCAAUGUCACGCUAAGAUCAAUACCAAAGAUGAUUAUAUGAAACACUUUGUUGAACACAAUAACAUCAAUAAGUCGACCGAUUCUUCGUCGCUGAACGCAUUGUUUCCAGUCGUUUGUGUUAUUUGUAAGCAAACACUGAUGAGUGAACUGGAGAUUGAUUUGCAUGCGAGCUAUCAUUGCGACCAACACUCCAAUCAUUCAAACCAUUUGAAUGACAGCACAAAUGAUAUGCAUUCCCAGAAUAGCCAUACCAGAGAUGCCACGAGUCCUGUUGUCACUGAGUCUAAACUCAAUUCAAUUAAGACUGAAUCCCAAACACUGGCCAUUAGUCCCGAGAAAAGCAUUAUUGCGCCCAAAUUGGAGAACAAUAGCAUAGAAUCGGCGGACGAUUUAACGGUUACUAAUAAGAGAUAUCAAUGCAUUAAAUGCCAGGAAUCAUUCAGAAGCGAGGCUGAGAUUAAAGAUCACGUUCACCAGCAUAUGUUGAACGAGGGCUCCAUUGAGUGCAAGCUCUGCGACAAGGAGUUUGACAGUCCGGCCAAACUUCAGUCCCAUUUAAUUGAACAUAACUUUAAUGGUGGCGAUGAGUAUAAGUGCCACUUAUGUAAGUCUAUAUUUAAUGGCUCGCAAUCACUUCAGGCACACAUGUUUGAUGAACACCUAAAUGAUCGGCCAUUUUCUUGCGGCCAGUGUUCACUCAAGUUCUGGUUUCCCACAGAAUUGGAUAAUCACUCAAUGGCUGAGCAUCAGGAGAGCGAUGAAGACAUCGAUUGCGACAACUGCUCAGAGGUAUCCAACGACGAUAUCAUCAGCGCUUCAGAAGACAGGUUUAAGUGCAUAGAGUGUGACAAAGAAUUCCCAUUGGAAUCGCAUCUUAAGCUACAUCUCAAGUCAUCUCAUCAUCAGUUGGCGACACAUUUGGAUAAUCAAACCAUUAAUGAGAAGCGUUUUUCGUGUAAUAUUUGUGGCAAAAAGUUUGCGCGAAAAGAGGCCCGAAAAUUACAUUACAAAUCACAUCAUUGA